AUGAAUUCUCGUGGAUUCAGAAAAAGAAAAACGAAAAUCAAACCAUCUAGCCUUAGAGUUCAAAUAUUCUCAGUGGGAAGCCAAAUGAAGAAGCAAUGGUCUCAAUGUGCUUGUGCUUUGGCAUUUUUCUUGAUUGCCACAUGCACUAUGGCAUAUUCACCUUAUUCUUAUGAAUCAUCAGAUUCACCAUACAAUAAAGUGCCAAGCACAAUAGCCAAAAGUGAAGACUACAAGGUACCUUCAAUGCCUGAAAAGGAAUAUAAGGUGUCAUCUUUGCCAAACAAUGACUAUUACAAGAAGUCAUCAGUUCCAGAAAAUAACUACAAGAAAGUAUCCUCAGUUGAUGAACAUGAAUACAAGGUGCCCUCAGUGCCUAAACAUAAUUACGAGGUGUCAUCUUUGUCAAAGAACGACUACUACAAAAAGUCAUCAGUUUCAGAAGAUAACCACAAGAAGGUGUCAUUUAUUCCAAAGGUGCCCUUGGUGCCUAAAGAAGAAUACAAGGUGCCUUCUUUGCCAAAGAAUGACUACUACAAGAAGCCAUUAGUUCCAGAAGAUAACUACAAAAAGGUGUCAUUUGUUCCAAAGGUUCCCUCAAUGCCUAAAGAAGAUGACAAGGUCCCUGCUUUGUCAAAGAAUGACUAUUACAAGAAGCCAUCAAUUCCAGAAGAUAACUACAAAAAGGUGACAUAUGUACCAAAUGUGCCUAAAGAAGAAUCCAAGGUGCCUACUUUUUCAAAGAAUGACUAUUAUAAGAAGCCAUUAGUUCUAGAAGAUAACUACAAGAAGGACGUGACAUAUGUUCCAAGGGUACCCUCAAUGGCUAAACCAGACUACACGGUGCCGUCUUUGCCAAAAAAUGACUACUUCAAUAAGCCAUCAGUUCCAGAAGAUAACUAUAAGAAGGUGUCAUUUGUUCCAAAAGUACCCUCAGUGCCUAGACCAGAAUACAAGGUAUCGUCUUUGCAAAAGAAUGACUAUUACAAAAAGCCAUCUGUUCCAAAAGGUAACUACAAUGAGGUAUCAUUUGUUCCAGAAGUACCCUCAGUGCCUAAACCAGAAUACAAGGUAUCGUCUCUGCAAAAGAAUGACUAUUACAAAAAGUCAUCUGUUCUAGAAGAUAACUACAAUAAGGUAUCAUUUUUUCCAGAAGUACCCUCAGUGCCUAAACCAGAAUACAAGGUGUCGUCUUUGCCAAAAUAUGACUACUUUAAUAAACCAUCACCUUCUCCAUCACCACCACCUCCAUACUACUAA